GGUCGUUUAAACAAAUUUUUAUCAGGGAUAUGUACGGCCUAGAAUAUAUUAGAUGGGGUACAGACAUUGUCCUGAUUAACAUUCAUGUUAAAUUCUGGAAUUAGAUUUAUCUCGUAAAAAUCCUGUAGAUUGACAACUUGGAUACCCCUUGGUGCUACUUGGAUACCCACUGUUGAUUAUUUUAUUUUUUGUGAAAUAAUUAUUCAAACAGAUAAAAAUGAAAAGGUUGGUAUUGAUGGUUAUAGUAAUGUUGAAAGCUUCUGUGAAUGCACAAUACUCACCUUACCAUCGACCAGGUACAGUGCACCACCAUCACAAUUCAGAACUGUUUGGUAUGGCAGAUCCACUUGAAUUGCCAAGCGAACCAUACCAAGAGACGUAUGAACCUACCUAUCGCACUCCAGUACCACCUGGUCACGCCCUCAACAGUGACGGCUACAUUAUUCCUACUAGCCAUGUUGUCACCAACCCCCGCCAGCAAUAUGGCGCCAGAAGUCCAGCACCCGUUCCAAUUUAUGAAACCAACAACCGCCCAACAGUCAUCAAUCCAAAUUAUGCCAUGAACAAUCCGCCAGCUGGCAACCCAAAUAUUCCAAUGAACAAUCCGCCAGCGGGCAACCCAAAUUUUGCAAUGAACCGACCUUCAGCGGGCAGUCCAAAUUUUGCAAUGAACAUUCCGCCAACGGGCAACCCAAAUUUUGCAAUGAACAAUCCGCCAGCGGGCAACCCAAAUUUUGCAAUGAACCGACCUCCAGCGGACAGUCCAAAUUAUGGAAUGAACAAUCCGCCAGCGGGCAACCCAAAUUUUGCAAUGAACAAUCCUCCAGCGGGCAACCCAAAUUUUGUAAUGAACGGAUCUCCAACAGGCAACCCCAAUUUCGCACUGAACAAUCCUCCAGCGGGAAAUGGAAUGAACAAUCCGAAUUAUGCCAUGAAUAAUCGCCCUUUGUAUGCUAAUCGUAGAAACGUGGCAAACAUAACCCCAUUUCAAGUUGGUGGAAAUUCAUAUAAUGGCCGAACACCACCCGGGUCCAUGUCGCACAGAGCUCCAAAUAACGUUCAAAACAACCAGCCUCCCAAAAUGAAUCCCAGUUUUGCUGCUAGGAAUCCGUAUUAUGGAGCUGGCAAUCCGAGAAACUAUGGCGCGGACAUCUCUUUAACCAGCAUGAAUUUCAAAAAUAUUAACACUCCCAACAAUGAAGGCCUACCACAAGCUAACUACAACCUUCCUCCGAACUUUGGAAGCAACCCCAUUCCCUACGAAGCUAUGAUGCCCCAAAAACCACCAGGCUACAGUGCCAACAAUCCUUUCAAAUACGGCGACAGACGUCGGGGUAGUUCUUUCAUUCCAUCUCCACCAAUUAUGAAAAGCCCAACGGCAAUAUGGGGGUGAAUAUGUAUUAUAGUUUCUGUGAAAUAUUCUAGAUUGUACAAAUGAAAUAUUUUAAAACGGUUUCGUGAGACAAAUGGCAAUUAAUUCAAAUGAAAAUGUGUAACAAUACUGUAAAUAUAAAGUACUCUUGCUACAAUAAAUG